GAUGGCUUUCAAGUUGGUCGCUCUCCUUGCAGUCCUGGCUGCAGCCCGAGCUGGAACUGUUCAGACUGUUGUCCCUUUUGGCUUCGCCGCCCCCGCCUUUGCCCCCGGAUUAAACUGGAUUCAGGCGCCUUCUCAAUAUGGAACCAUCAUGCCGCGAUACAGCUUUGAUUCCUCCGCGGACGCUGUCCUGAACCAGUUGACACAAGAGAUCCGAACCGGCGAUGUCAUUCUGAGGGCCACUUUUGAUAUUGUGGAGCGCGAUGGCAAAGUGCGCACCGUGGCAUAUUACGAAGACCCCAGCGUCAUUUAUAACUUCGUCGCCAACAAACCAACCACUGGCGCGGCCGCUUCAGCCCCAAAUCGAUUCAACCCAAAUCAACCAAGCGACAUCUUGAACGAGUUGAAGCACGAGACCCGCAACGGUGGCAUCAUUCUCAAGGCGACCUUUGACCUGGUACGGCCUGAUGGCACUGUGCGCACCGUAUCCUACUACGAAGAAUCCAGCACCAUAUUCAACUUUGUUGCAAACAAAGCGCCUGUUAUGCAAAGUCUUCUGCAACGGCCCAUCAACGGUCAGACAGUUCCUUUGGCUACGAAUCCGAAAUUUAUUUUUUGAGAUUUUUGUCCCUCUUUUUGCGAUAUUUGAAAUGAACUCUUUACUGAAAACCCCUUUAAAAUUUUACUUUCCAAAUAAAAUACCAGAGCAAUUUUAAAAAA